AUGAUUGUCCUAAAGGAGCGCGACGUGCACUCUUUGCUCUCCAAUAUCUCGGCCCCAGAAUGUCAUCGCAUCCUAUCCGAUUUCCACAACAUCCUCCGCGCAUACUCGUCGACCAAAAAUGUCUCGCCGUCGGAACGAAUCAUUCAUCAACCGGAGAGGGAAUCCAUCGUGACAAAAACCGGUAACACGUCGCUGUUCAUGCCGUCUUCCAUCACCACUUCGACGGGGAUCAAGACUGUCACCAUCAGCCCCAAAGGCCUCAAAGGCUGCAUCAACGUCUUCACCCCGGAUGGCGAACUGCUGGGCGUCUUGAACGCCGAGGAAGUCACUGCGUUUCGGACCUCGCUGGCUGUCAUGAUCCCUUACAUCCGAUGGCUCAAUGGCAAGAGGAACCUCGUCAUCUUUGGAGCUGGUCGACAAGCAGAGUGGCACUUGAAGCUGGCUCUGCUGCUGAGCGACGUGAAGCAUGUCACCGUCGUGAACAGGAGCAGCCCUCGAAGGAUGGAGCAGCUCUUCGCCGAUCUACAGCAGCAACACGCCGACCUUGUGUGUCGCGUGCUGCUGAAGACGGCCGAGGAUUACGAUGCGCAGCUACGAGAAUGUCUUGUGGCAUCAGAUAUCAUUUGCUGCUGCACGCCGUCAACGACGCCGCAUUUCCCAUUCAGCUACCUUGACAAGAAGCCCCGGUUCAUCUCCCUCAUAGGAUCCUACAAGCCGUCCAUGCACGAGGUUGAUUCCGAAACGCUCUUGUCUGGGGGACACAUCUACGUAGAUACCAAGGAAGGCUGCCUCGUCGAGGCUGGGGAACUAAUCACGGCCAACGUCCAGGAAAAUCAGCUGAUUGAGAUCGGCGAGUUACAGGGCUCAGACUCCCUUGAUAUCCAAGGGAAUGUCAUCUUCAAGUGUGUGGGCUUGGGCAUUAUGGACUUGGUUAUGGCAGGGAGCCUGCUUGGGAUGGCCAAGGAGAAAGGCAUGGGUUUGGUGGUCGAUGACUUUUGA